AUGCAUGCGGGGAGCGAUGGCACAUUGGCCAAGCGGCACACCCCCGGAAUGUCGAAGGCUUUUGCCCGGGCUUCUCGCACGAAGCCACUCCCAGAAGGCGACGAUGCGCACGGCUUGCCCAAAUGUCUCAAGACAAGAGAUGCGGUCGGCUUUGGCCUUGGUGUCACCGUGGGGGCUGGAGUUUUCAUGGCGACCGGCAAGGCGGCACAAGAAGCUGGACCGGCAGUGACUUUGGCGUUUCUGGUCGCGGCUGUUGGCUGCAGCUGCACAGGCCUUUGCUAUGCAGAGCUUGCGGCGCUUGCCCCUUCAGCGGGGAGCUCCUACACCUUUGUAUACCACGCCGCCGGCGAACUUCCAGCUUGCCUCGUCGGACUGACGAACAUCGUGAAUGCAGUCUUAUCCAGUGCGGCUGUGGCUCGUGGUUGGGAAGGCUACCUGCGCCUAUUCCUCUUGUCAGUGGGGCUUCCUCCACCAGACUUUAUGGAGGGGUUUGCAUGGGGGCCUCUGCAAGUAUCGGUACUGGCACCACUUCUCAUCGUCGUAGUGGUUGCAAUCAACCUUUGUGGAACAUUGGCCAUCUCAAGCUUCAACAAUGUGGUUACGUUUCUGUCUGUUUCGUUACUUAUCGGCUAUGUUUGCGGUGGCGCAGCUCAAGUCAAUCCGGACCUGUGGGCCCCAUAUGCUCCCAAUGGUGCUGAGGGAAUUGCGAAGGGUGCUGGUUCAGUCUUCUUUGCAUUCAUUGGGUUUGACGUACUGGCGACUCUGGGUGCCGAGUCCGUCAAUGAAAGAGUCGUGCCGUGUGGCAUUGUGAUGACGUUGCUGGUCACCACUUGUCUCUACUGCGGCGUCGGGGCGGUCUUCACCGGGCUUGUCGAAACCAGCGACGUCGAUAUGACAGCCCCUUUGGCACGUGCGGCAGAGCAGAACGGGCUUCCUUUCUUGGCGCUUGUCGUUUCGAUUGGAGCACUUGGCAACACCCUGACCACAGUCAUCGGCUCGAUUGUUGCAAUCCCGCGUUACUGCUUAUCCAUGGCACAAGACGGACUCCUACCAACAAAUCUGGUCCGCAUAAACCGCUUUGGAGCGCCGGCCCGUUCUCUCAUGGUGAUGGCGGGUCCUGCAGUGGUCAUUGCGGCUUUUUUCGACUUCUCGGCCAUAGCUGACGUCGUGUCUGCAGGAGCUCUCGGAACCUUCGCCUUGGUCUGUGCCUCGCUGGUCCUGCUGAGAUGCCCCCGCGCUUGGGACGCAGGAGCAUCGCGAAGAGAGGAGUCUGCAAACUCAGAAGAGGAAGAUGGUGACUGUGGGCCUUGGAAGGUGCAGCCGGCUGCACCGCGGUCGGUGGUUCUAGGCAUGACAAGUUUUGUCGUGCUUACCUUUAUCUUGGGUGUUCUCUUCAGAGUUCCGAUGGGAGGCCCUGCCUGGUUGAGCGCAGUGCUGUUAGCUUUUGUUGGCUUUUGUACCGCCAUUGCAGCUUGCGUGGUGGCUUUGCCAUUUCUAUGUCGUGACGCCGGAGCUCAUGUCCGUGCUGAAACUACGCACCGUGCUGGGCACUUUCAACUGCCUCUAAUGCCUCUACUUCCUAUGUUGGGGAUGUUCAUGAACGUUUUGUUGGCCUCGCAGAUGGACUGGCUCACGCUGAUCGAGGCUGCUGUUGUGCAGUCAAUUGGCGCAGCAUUCUACUUCGGUUACUCUGCACAGCGCAGUCAUCUUAACAAGCAGAGCAAGAAGGUCUGGAAGCCCGUCUUCGAUUGCACAGUUCCUCCGGAAGAGGUGAACCAGGGCAUUCUCUGGGACACCUUCGACACGUAUCCUGACGUGCCCGAAGGCACAUUCUUUGCCAAGACGUACAAGAUCAACUUGGAUCCGUUGGCUCUCAGGGAGUACUGCAAGGACACAGAGCCGUUCUCGUGGCCUCACAAUGAUUGCAAGAAGUGGGCCAAAGGCAUGUUGCGGUUGAUGGGCAUCAAAGAGGAUCCAGAUGUGGAUGGCCAGGGACCCAAUUCUCCCAGGGGCAACGUCCGACUGAGAGAUAUCAUCACAUGCGGUGGUGGCACGGCACCGAGCGCGACGCGCGGGGAGCUCAGCCGACAAGUCGCGUGUGGACGAUGA